AGCACCUGGAGAAGAAUGAAAGUGACUUCUUGUUCCGCUUCUAGAUCUGUCUCCGCUAGGAAAACUUUUCAUUUUACGAGGAGACUACACCCAAGCAGACAGGAGGGGCAACAAGUAUUUGAUGACACGAUGUCUACCCUGGAGUUACCAGACCGUAGCAUGGCAGCUCUUAUAAUUGAAUCGACCGUUUGCCUCGCAUUGAACAUCAUAAGCAUCACUGGAAACAGUCUUGUCUGUUUGGCAGUGUACAGAAACCGUAAUCUUCGAUCAACCACUAAUGUGUACAUCGUUGCCCUUGCUAUCAGCGAUUUGUUGGUUGCAAUGAUAGAAAUGCCUUUGGCAUCAGCUACACUUAUAAUUGGAAGAUUUGAUUUCGGCUUCGCCCUAUGCCAGAUUCAAGGUUUCAUUGGCCCCUUCGCCACUUACGUGACUCCGGCAACCAUGGGUUUAACUGCGUUUAACCGCUACAAACGAAUUGUCAAAGCAAACAGUUACAACAAGAUAUUUUCUCCCUGCCGGUCUAAGAUCUGGGUGUGUUGUUUAUGGAUGUCUCUGGCCCUUUACCUGUUAAUUGGGCGACUCACCGGUUGGCUAAACAUUGGUUUUAUCCGUGGCUAUGCAGUUUGUGCCUUUACAUACCCAACUGCUGCUAGUCAAAUCGUUCAGUACACCAUCAUGGUCGGAGUACUUUUCUUUAUCCCGCUGUGUAUCGGUAUUUUCAGCUAUUACAAGAUAUUUUUCAAAACCAGUCAGCAUCAACAGAUUGUGGUCCCAUCGCUGCAGAACACGACUAAUGCUAACAACACCAGAGCAAGGAGAUGCACAGUGAAAGAGAUAAACAUUAGCCGAGUGUUGCUCUACGUAGGCGCUGGGUUUUUGUGUUGCUGGAUUCCAUUAUGGGCACUUGCACUUUGGAAGCGCUUCUCCCCCGAAACAUGUCCGCGAAUUGCGGAAUUACUCGUUACCUUUUUCCGCUUUCUGAGUUCGACGAUAAAUCCCUUUAUUUACACUUUCAAUAAUAACGAUUUCCGAAAGGAAUUUCGCAAACUACUGGGUUGCCCCAGAGGGGCACGGACUGCACCAAAUGAUACCACUACGGCUACUGAAAACGAAGAUCUGGCAGUCGAAGCUAAUGUCUAAGGUAAUAUUCGAGAUGUCUACCAAAAUAUCAACCGCUGAAGAGUAAGAUCAGAUAUACCUUAAGAGGAGUCCUCCAGAAAAACUUUUGUACCUGCAUCGCUUUCAGUUUAAUAAAACCCUUGAAAAGUAGAUAUCGCCGUAGCGCUAAAAAAUGUCGAAUACGAAGAACGAAUUGCUUCAAAGAUAUGGUUUAGUGGUAAGCAAUUGCAAGCCAAAUGUAAAGUGUAUUCGCAAGUACGAUCAAGUAAACUGCACCGUGCCAAUCAUGCAGUAGCUAAUCAUCGAGUGCAAAACGUGCAUUCCUACUGGUUACCGAGAAAAUCUACCUUGAACACUUUGAAAAUCUGCAGUAACCUCAAAAAUAAAGAUUAUUUGGUCCUUUUUUUGUAGAUUUAAGAGACUACUCUAACCUUUUUAGAAAUUCAUCAUGAUAUGUCCAAGUAACUGUACAGUUCACAUUUGCUUUCAGACGCGUACUUUCUAGAAAAGCAUGUGGUCAUUUCUCCUUUUAUACGUCGUUCUCGAGCGGUCCGAUAUUUCGCCGGGAGAGUUCAGUACAGCACGAACGGCGCGAGUACCUUCCAAAUACAACGGGACCUACUCGUCUGCGGCGAUAUAUCGUCGAGUCCCGGCCCUGCGAAAGGCAAAGGUAAGCCCAAGUUCGCAUGUGGCGAGUGUAGCAGGCCAAUGAGAAAGAAACAAGACGCCAUCUUGUACACGUCUUGUGAUACUUGGUCCCACGCAGAAUGUCUCAAAUUAACUGUUACUGGAUUUAAAUACUAUCUACAACAUCCCAACUUGGAAUGGACAUGUGCUUUCUACUCUCUGCUUAAACUACCGGACUCUUUCUUUGACGAAACUGGUUCACUCACUUCGAACGAGAGCAACUGUGAAGACGAGGAGCUCGAAGAUGAAUCGACCGAUACUGAAGAAGUUCUAGCCAAGAUAAAAGAAAUUAGAAUCGAGCACAGAAGACAAUGUGUUAUUGCCUGCCUCAAUAUUAACAGUCUGCAAAAAAAGUUCGAUGAGGUUCGACUAUGGCUAGCUACUAAUGCAUUCGACAUUUUGACAAUACAAGAAACUAAAAUCGACUCAACUUUUCCGAGCUCACAAUUUCAGGUCGACGGCUUUAACUUUUAUCGUCGUGACAAAGUCAAAGGCGGCGGAGGCAUCGUAGUAUACGUCAGAGACAAUAUAGCCGCCUCUCGGAAGAAAUUGAGAGGAAAAUGUGUCGAAUCAAUGUUGUUUGACAUGAAUAUCGGUUAACGACAGUUUGCAUAUAUUACCGCUUAUAAGCCUCCAUCUGCAGACAACAACACAUUAAUUCAAACGCGAACCCUGCGAUCUUCUCGAUGAAGCUAACAGCCUCUCUGACAAUGUGAUUUGUACCGGGGACUUAAAUUCGGAUAUCCUCCACCCACUUGACAAUCACAAGGAGGGUCAAUGUUUACUGGACUUGUGUGAUAUUUAUGACCUUGACAGCCUUAUUAAGGUUCCUACAAGGGUCACUAAAAAAAAACAGGGAAUCCUGCCUCGACGUUAUUCUCAGUAACGUCCCCGCGUUUGAAAAGAAAAGAAAAGCGUUUGCCAAGGACUUGUCCAAGCGACCAUGACCUCGUAUAUACGGUUCUGAAAACCCGACACAUGCGAUCAAAGGCAGAAACCACAACAAAACGAUCCUUUAAAACUUUUGGUAAGGAUUCAUUUCAAGCUGAUUUAUCAACAGUGCCUUUCUCUAUCUCAUACGUGUUUGAAGAUCCUGACGAUGUAUAUUGGUGUUGGUAUCAACUUUACGAUCCGACAGAAAUCCAUAAUAUGCUUUUGUCUUUACUGGCUUCUGAGGAUGUUUACAUUGGAUCGCCUUCCAAUGUUUGCAUUGGAUGCCUUCUGAUGUUUGCAUUGGAUGUUUACAUUGGAUCGCCUUCCAAUAUCAACUUAUAUCAACAUAUCCACAAUGACGGUUAAUUCUGCAGUUAAAGUUGCAAUGGUGGCGGCUAUUUAUUUAUUUAUUUAUUAUUACUAUUUUAUUCCCUUUUUUUUUUCUUACUCUGUAAUGUCAUCUCUUGUAUUCUACAAGCGAUGUAAUAUACCUCUAUUACUUUUCCACUUGUUAUGUUAAUACUUUCAGGGCUACUUUUCAAUUAUUUUUCUUCAUACCUUGUCCAAAUUUGACAGGCUGUAAUGUAAACCUAUUCUCUCCUGUCGUUUCCCGCUUCGACUAGCCAAUGCUAUUUGCGUGAAGCGACCAUUUUUGUAUUUUUCUUUUGUCAAAUAAAAAAUAAAGUAAGUAAGUAAGUUAAAGUUUUUUUGAGAUCAAGUUUUGGAUGCUCACGCGCCCAAGAUAACAGUCAAGAAACGCCCGUCACCGGCUGGAGUAUUUAUAACAGACGAAAUUGGUUAGAGCGCUGGAUUUUUGUGAGGGAGGUCGAGGUCGAUGGUUCGAGCCCCGGCCGGACCAACACUCAAGGUCUUAAAAUAACUGAGGAGAAUGCGCUACCUUUCUGUAGUAUUGACAAAUAGAUAGACAUUCUGGUCUUCUCGGAUAAGGACGAAUAAACCAUAGGUCCAGUCUCCUGCAUCUAUCAGUUAGUUAAUUUGGUUAGGCAGGGGACGUUAAAGAACCCACUUACGAGAUUACUGUGAUGUGUUCUGGCCUGUCUACUGGGAACUGGGGGGAGGGGGCAUCUUCAAAUAAGUUUCCUUCGUU